CCCUGUCAUUCAACAGCCAGGUCACAAUGCCUAUAGGGUCAACACUCUCCACAGUGGGUGGGUUGAGUCACUCGUGAACUGGUUGAAUGGAGUUGUCUCAAACAGUUUCUAAACCAUCUCCUCUUCACCUGCCCAUCUCCUCUUCACCUGCCCAUCUCCUCUUCACCUGCCCAUCUCCUCUUCCCAUCACACCUCCCUUCCUCCUCCAGACCUCUAAGAUGAUCCGAGUUCACAACACCCAGUACUCCCUCUUCCUGCGCCAGGCAGAUGUCCUGCGUCGCUCGGGGACGCUGUGUGACGCUGUCAUCUCAGUGGAGAGCCAGGUGUUCAGGGCCCAUCGGCUGGUGCUGGCCUGCGCUAGCAAAACCCUGGAGCAUCAGCUCACCCUGCAGGCUGCAUACUCAGACCAGCCUGAUCGCCUCGACCAACCUUACCACUGUAGUCUGGAGCUCCUCUCUCCACACACCUUCCAGCAGGUCCUGGACUUUGCAUACGCCGAGACCCUGGAGGUCCCUGUGGAUGAUCUGCCCCAGCUUCUGAGGGCCGCCAAGCUCCUGGAGAUGCAUUCCCUGGAGGAGCAGUGUCGCAGCCAGCUGAAGAGAAAUCUGGGGUGCCUGACGAGAGAGAGAAGAGAGUUGAGAGAAAUAAGAGUGAGAGGAACAAAAGGAACUAGAGAAAUUACAGAAAUGAGAGAACUUCAGAUAACAGAGGAGAGAGAUGAGAAAGAAUCCCUGAAAGGAAGUACCAUUCCAGAAGAGGGGGAUCCCCAGACAAUUCCCUCCAUUGAUCUGGAGCCCCAGAGCAGCCCAUUCACUGAGGACCCCACUCUUCCUGACACUAGGGAUAACUCCUCUGGUUCAUCACCCCCACAGAGAAAAAGGCCAAAGCCACUCACACCCACACUAGUGACCACCACACCGCCUCCAUCCAGAGACAGUGUCAUCGCCACCACUGCUGCCACCAUCCAACCCCCUCCCCCUCCUCCCCCAGCGUCGAGGGUCAUGUGGCAACAAGUCAACACCCUGAGGAAGAUGGCCUUGAACUAUAACGACAUCCUAGCAGCCAGUUCCUCUUCCCUUCACCCCUCACAGCACCUGGUGACAUACCCCUUCCACCUCUCCACUCCCCACAUGUACCCCCUGCUAACGUCCUCACGCCCGCCCCAGGUCCACAGCGCCGUCCUGGGCUACCCGGGUAUCCUGCAUCCAUACCACCACCCCCUGCUCUCUGGGUCUCGGGAGCUGGGGGACAUCCUGACGCAAGGUUUACUGGGAAAAAGAGACCCGAUGGAUAAAGUGUUGAUAGGUGGAGCACCAGGGGAAGGGCAAAGAUACUCCCAGGAGUGUCCAGGAAGAACCCAGGACUGUCAGCACUGCAGCAAGGUCCUCCUGGGCAGCUCAUGGCUGCAGGCCUCAACCACCAACCCCUCAGGCUCAGGUGAGACUUCUCUGGGGUGUAAGUACUGUGAUCGUGGCUUCAAGGUGGAGCGGUCACUGCCGUCCCACCGGCGAGAUCAGGGAGGAGAGAAGCCCUACCAGUGUAAACGCUGCUCCAAGAGGUUCAGCCUCAAACACCAACUGGAUACACACCACCGGGUACACACAGGAGAGAAGCCGUUUGAGUGCCGUCUGUGUGGCCAGCGGUCAAGGGACUACUCAGCCAUGAUCAAGCACCUGCGGACCCACGGCGGGGCCACACCCUACCAGUGUACUGCCUGCCUGGAGUUCUGUAGCAGCCUGGCUGCCAUGCAGAAACACCUGAAGAACCACCCGCUGCAGGACUUCCCCCCAGACUGGACCAUCAGCAGCACCUACCUGUACACAUGCCAUACCUGAG